AUGCUGAUAGUGACCGCCGUCGGUCCAGUCAAUGGGCAGAGGCACUUUCGGUUCGUCCUCGAGCAGAAGGUGUCGUACACGGUGGGCCGAGACAAGGCGGCCAACAUCCGCUUCGACAACCGCUACCUCCGGCCCAAGGAGGGGGUGCUCGAGGUUGGGGACUGGAACCCCGCCGACCACACGACCCCACCAAAGCUCGUGUGGAGGCCCGAGCCCAAGAAGAACGGAACGUUCAACGCGCUCAAGUUACUCUCACGCGAGGAUGGCGAUGCGGGGAGUAUCGAAAAGGACGACUACCGCGUCGAGGAGCAGCCGGGUGGUGGAGAGAUCGAGCUCGUCCCCGGCAAGGGCGUUGAGCUGGGCGCUGAGGCCUGGUUCUCGGCACAUGAUGUUGAGCUGACCACGAACGCAGGCCUGUCGUGGACCGAGGCCUUCGACGUUGACGACCCACCAGAAGUGGUCAUCGCCGCCGCGCUCAAGUCGUCACAUGACAACAACCUCGCAGUGUGCUAUGGUAUUCCUAUUGUCACUCCAGCGUGGCUCUCCAUGCUCUCAAUGCGGUUACGGGCCUGCUGGAAGACGGUCGCCGACUCGCAGGACAGCUUCGAGGUCCCUUCGACGUCGGACCCUGACUAUGAGCCGCCUAUGGACGAUUCGAUGAAGAAGCUGAAAGUGAGGAGCGAUCCGGCAUCGUGGUGGCCAAGGAAGGCCAACCACACCCUGUUCAAGGGGUGGAAGGCGAUCGUGAUGAAGAAUCCGAAGCGGGCUAUCGUCGACAAGAAGUACUUCAUCGCCAUGGGAUCGGGGUACGACGAGGUUGAUGUGAUGCAGCCGCCGCUCAAGUCGCCACAGGAUCUCAUCGACCGCAUCCAGCCCGCGAUGAAGCAAGCAGAGGAGGACGGCCUGACGCCGUUCGUUGUUUGGCACCCACAGCUGAAGAAGGAUUUCGAGGCCCAGGGCUUGUCAGUCAAGGACAUGAUUGUUGGUCCUUGUGACAGUCAGAAUUGGUACUGCACGUCUGGGAUCAUCCUUUGGGGCGCUGUGAAGACUGGAGGCGUGAAGGAGUUCUUUGAGCGCAUGGUUGCCGAGACCUUAGUGGAGGCUACUAAGUCUGCCCCUCCGCCGGUCGACACGCCAACUGCUCCCGAGCCACAGCAGCAGCCCGCUGCCGAGGCUGGCCCGUCGACUGGCCGUCUUCCCCGGCGAGCAGCGUCCCGGUCGGCAUCGCGCGCCCCGUCGCAUCCUCCAGAAUCGACGCGCCCCGACAUUGUGCCGUCAACCUACCCCGAUGAUACUGCGUCAAUGGCACCGCCACCCACAGCAAAGCCAUUGAAGCGCCGAGCGGGCCGCGUCAAGAUUGACCUGGACGACGAUCUCGAUAUGAGUUCGCAGCCCUCAUCCCAAGUGCCAGCGUCGUAUGCCCAGGAGACACAGCUAUUCACCCAGGUAUCGAGCGGCAGUGAUCCCUCCGCCUCCCUUCGUUCUCGGGUGCCAGAUUCGAUGAUGGACGUCGACACGCCGGCUGCCUCUCUUAUGCCAUCGUCCAGUACAGCUGCCCGUGCCGGAAGCCGUUUGAAGCGGCGUGCUGGCGGAGCCACCCAGUCGACCUUCCUCGAAGGGUUCGACACCACUGUCAACUACCAGGACGCACUGCGGAAGAAGGAAGAGGAGGACGACAUUCGCCAGCUGUACGAGCAGACGAAGCGUGGCCCGUCAACGUUAGAGCAGGCACCGGCGAAGCGGGCAAGGAUGGAGCAGGUGGCCGAGGAAGGAGAAGCGCCGGACCUCAACACUGCUUCGAUCGCUGAGCUCAUGGACAUUGACGAAGAGAACGAUUUUGUCGCCAAGGCGCUCAAGUCGGCCCGUGACAUCAAGAAGGAAGGUCGCUCUCCAACUAAGAAGCGUACUCCACCACAACGCGCGCCUCCUCAACGACCUGCAGAAAAGCCCGUGCGCGAACCUACACCAGAAGAGGAAGAGGAGCUGGAGGAGGCGCCACCAACUAAGGGCAAGGGCAAGGGAUCCGCUAUCAAACAGCGGGCGACAAAGGCUCCUACACAGGUCGACAAGGACGAGCGCUUCCUGCAGGCGAUCCGCACGGCUGUCAAGAAGAAGCAGGCGGUUGAUGAGCUUGACAAGGAGUUCAACAACCUGCGUAUUCUCAAGCCGGGGGCCAAGGCGAAAGCGAAUGUCGGCGCCGCCAAGACGCUGCAGCAGGACCACCCGGACUGGGCGGUUGUCAACGACUUUCACGAUCAGCUGCGGGGCAACUUUAUUGAGGUCGUCCGCAAGGAUCUGCUGCGCAAGGACGGGGGAACCAAGACUGCAGUGGUGGAGGACCACGGCAUGGUCAACUUCAAGAAGUUUAAGAAGCUGGCGGCACAGACUGCCCACAGCGCGGAGAUGGGAGAGCCGUACUGGGCUACGGAGCAGCCCAUGACCCAGGCCAAGCGUGGUGGUACACAAGCCAAGUCGCAGUCUUACCGCCAGACCGAGUUAUACGAGGAGGACGACAUGCCUCUGGUCCCCACUUCAAGGCGGCGGCUCCUGACUCAGAUCAGGGAAGAUGACGACGACGAGGAAACGCCAACACUCGCUCCGUCCAAGCGCCGCCGUGGAGCGACGCCGAACACCCAGAGCCCCGUUCUGUCGGCGCCCACCUCGCGGCGUGCCCGGGCUGGAAGCGCGCUUUCAGAUGUGUCCAGCGCAGCACCGAGUGAGGUGGCCGAACCCAAGACCGGGCGUGCUUCGUCAACGCGGGCGAGCACCCGUGCCCCGCCUACUCAGCGCGCACGCCGUGGAACGCAGGCUGCGCCAGUCGUGCUCGAUUCUGACGACGACGACACCCCGUUCGCCACGGCCCGUACUCGUGCGGGUGGCAGGAGCACGGCGGCGCGUGGCUCGGGCACUGCUGCGCGCUCUACUACACUGAACGACGAGGGUACAAGUGUUUCGCGUGGCACUCUGCCUGCCACUGGGACGCGCCGCCGGCUCCUUGGGGACGACGAUGGGGACGAUGUGGCAUUCAAGGGCGUGCAGAAGAAGCGCCGCAUGGGCUAAACUGUAUCUAGUACGCUGUGAAGCUGUAACAUGGAUCUGUGC